GGCGGGCUCUGUGCUCGGGCAGCUGGGAUGGAGCAGAAGUGCGCCUGGCGCCGCAGGGUACACAGCUGACUUUGUGCGCCACCUCCUUUUCGCCUAGCACCGCCAGACACCAAAGCUGCCACAGUAGCUGCCUGGACUGAUCGCUCCGGGAAGUCAGCACCACCCUCUCCCGCAGCCCACCAGGCGGUAGAGGAGCUGCCUGUGCCCGGACGCACUUGGCCAACCCCAGGAAACUCUUCCCUAGCAGCGUCCAGCUCGGUACCGAGCACCGGAGUAACAUGGGCUGCAAGGCGCUCAUCACUCUCUGCAUCUUCACCGCAGGACUCAGGGUACAGGGUUCACUGACACCGACCCCGGUGCCUGUUUCUCUCAUGACAAAAACGACCCCCUCUCCAGCCACCUUGACUACCUCUGCACAGAACACUACUAUGGCCAGCACCCCCUUGGCCGGUGGCACUCACAACGCUUCUGUUCUCUCCACUGCUGCUGCAUCCUUGACAUCUCAGCCCUCCAAGAACAUUUCUACGGUCCCCAGAGAAGAGGCUGCCACCAGCCCAGCUUCAAAGUGGAACAGCAGCAACACAGAGUCACCUGCCAGCUUCUCCCCAACAAGCAACGAUGUCCACUCGACACCCACUCCCAAGGAGCAUGGUCUCAACAGUUCUGAAGCAAGUGUGCCUACCACUACACCCCAGCCACCCACACUCAUUUCUUCUCAGGCUCCAACCUCAACAUCCACAUCCCAGGCAACUUCCCCGCCGGAGUCUCUGUCUGCCUCCAGCAUCUCUAACAACAGCUCCGCUGUGACCAGCAUCCAGUCCACAGGAGCUCCAAUGGCACCCACAUCCCCAACAGAGGGGCCCAGCUCUAGUCAGACACCCACUUCCCAUGUUACGGCCGAGCCAGCACCCAAGGAGAAAUCACCCCAAGAUGCUGAGCAUGACGGAGUGUCCUGUGAGUCUGAGACCACCACCCCCUUCCUGAUCAUGCAAGAAGUGGAGAAUGCCUUAAGUUCAGGCAGUAUCGCCGCCAUCACUGUGACAGUCAUCGCUGUGGUGUUGUUGGUGUUUGGAGCUGCGGCAUACCUAAAGAUCAGGCAUUCCUCCUACGGAAGGCUGCUGGACGACCACGACUACGGGUCCUGGGGAAACUACAACAACCCGCUCUAUGACGACUCCUAACAAAGGAAGGUGGCUGGGCACAAGAAAUAGCAGUCCUUUAUUUAUAAGUGCUUAUCCAGUAGAAUUAAUAACAAGUACUUGAUGCUCAUUGAACGACAAUCGCAAGCCCUGUUUUGUUGGUAUGGUUGUUUUUUUGUUUUGUUUUUUGUUUUCUCCUCCCUCUCCUCUGGCUGCUACUACAACAUCCCCCUUCUGGUACAAAAGAACCAUUUUGUACAGGCCAAUGGAGGCUGAUUUGCAGCUGGCACGGGCCAUCUUUGCACUGAGCAGGCUGGACACCAUGAGGUGGUGGCUGCAGCCCCCACCGCAAGACUCAUCGAAAGGACUGAGGAAAAGGGCUCGGGCUGCCCUGUUGGGGAUUUAGUUUUGAGGGGAACUUUUGGUUUGGGUUAUUUCUUAAUCUUCUCUAUAGGAAAUUACACGGAGGAUCAGUGGGAAGAAGAGAAAGGAAUCCCUGAAGGCUAUCACCCUGUGUGGAGGAAGCAAGGGCUUCUUGAUUUCUUUGUAAUCCUUCUUUGCCUGGCUGUAUCUGACAGGAUGCCUACUUGGUCCUACAAGCAGAUAGACAACUCUUAGCUGCCUAAUUAGGAAAGAUGAAAGAUGGCUGUACCCAGGAGGAGCCCAGCAGGCUCUCAACCUGUUCUCCCCACCCAGGCCACUGAAAAGAAAUAGGGAUCCUAGCACAUUCCCCAUCCAGGCCACUGGAAGGCAAUGGGGAUUCCAGCCACUGGCUUUUAGAACAGUUACAGCACAGUUUGAAAAGAGAGACUCAGAGGUGAGCUUGAAGAACAGCAAGGGAGAGGAAUGUGGAGAAUAAGGAUGGGGGAAGAAGGGAGGGACCAAAGCUCACAGGGACCCUCUUGAAGGAAGUAGGAGCCAGCUCCCCAUGGUAGUGGGAGAUACCUAAAUCCUGGAGGAGCCCAGAGAACUCUCACUUCGCACACAUAAAGCAACGGGUUGGGGAAUGACUAUAUGCUAUUUUAAAACAAUGUUUAAAAAGACAAUUAACCUUCCAUAGGAAAUAGACACCGAGAAUUGCCUGCUUAUUCCCCCUAACAUCUAUCUACCUUACUCAUUCUUCCUUUUAAUAAAAGAACACUGCUGGGUCUCUAGUCUCAAAAUCCUGUACAACAAAUUUUGAGAAAUAGACGUUUUCCUCCACCGGCAUUUGUUUAUUUCACUUAUUAACCAUCAGGAAGUGAUUUUGUCUCCCCCGGCCCCCAGCCAGGAACAUUUGAAAAUGUCCGGUGGCAAUUUUUGACUGCUACCACUUAUCUUGAAACACUGCUAAGGAGUGGAGGCUGUGGCUCCUUUGCACAGAACGAGCUGCGACCACAAAGAGCCUUCUAGACCGACACAUCAAAGGCUGACAUUGAGACCAAGAUGUCUUGUGAUGUCCUUGUGAUGUCAAAAGACACUCACACAUCAGUAAAACCCUUUCAUUUUUAACAAAGUGAAACAUCACUUUUUUUUUCCUCCAGAGUGGUAGCUUGUUGACAGAUGGGUUGCUGUCCGGCAUGUGCAGUUGCCUUAUAUUGUUGGUGUUUCUAGAGAGCUUCGCUACAGGGCUGCACCGCUGGUGAGCAGCAUCUGAUCCUGGGACCCAGCAUCUCCGAUUUCAUGUAGUAGAGAGCAUGCGUCUUAAAAUAUGUUACCGUGUCCUAUGAUGUCACAGAGAACAAGAAACCAUCAGUUUUUAAUUCCUCAGACAGAUCCUGCCCCACCACUCUGUUGAAAAAAAAUAAAUAAAAGAUCACUAUAGUGCAAUCCUCUACCCCUCUGGUGUGGAGAUCACAAAUAGGGGUACUGCCCACAGCCUGCCACCCAGGUGCUGGGGGAAAAUCUUCCUAAAUCUCAGAGGUGCCAAAAGAAAAGAGCGAUCAUCAGAGGUCAUCUGCAAGCAGAGAGGAGUUCGCAGAAAUUAAGAUAACCCUGAAUAUGAACACACAAGGGCGCGCACACACACACACACACACACACACGAACCUCCUCAUAAAAACUACAAGGGUAUGCCCUCUGGCCAUGCUUGACAUUAACAGCUGUCCCUCAUCGCUAGCCUGAUUGCUUCACAGGUCUCCAGUUAGGCAAAGGACAGGGCAUUCUACAUCUCAUUUUCCUCCCCAGCCCAAAACCUUUUUUGACACAUGACACAAAGCUCUCCAUGAAACACUUUACGAGACUGUACUUCAGGAAUCCCUUCUGGGGUCAGUCCUAGGCCAGAGGAACCAGCUUCCCUCCCAGAAUCCUCACCUGUUAGAAACCAAGGACACACCAAGAAUUGUUUUUUUAUGCCAAAGGAUGCCAUUGUGCAUGAACACGUGACUGCUUUUUCUCUGAUUAACACCCAAUUACUUCCAGCAAAACACAGCACAGUCAUAUGCAGUGAGGUGACAGCGUCCCCUCAAAACUCAAAGCAUGACCCUUGCUUUGCUUGAUAGUAUAAAAUGUGUACAUGUGAGAAUUUAUUUUGCCAAAUAUAUUUUUCUUCUCUUGAAUUGGUCUAGAGAGAUCCCAGCAUCUUUAUUCUACAAACACACACACACACACAGAGAGAGAGAGAGAGAGAGAGAGAGAGAGAGAGAGAGAGAGAGACGCAUGCACUCACGCAUGCGCGCGCGCACACACACACACACACACACACACACACACACCUCUGAAAUAUAUGCCAAUAAUUGAUAUCCUUUACCUCAGGGAGAGUUAGUUCAAGUCUAUACAAGGGAAAUUAGUGGCCCUAGUAAAUCUAAACAGUUACAACCCAUCAUGGAUAGGACUGGCUCAAUACUUUAGAGAGAAAGUUGGAGAAGAAAGUGAGCUAGGAGCCUCUUCUCAAUGGACUGCAGAAUGAUACGCAACUCUGCUUUCUUUUCCUGGGACCCCGGCGGGACCCCCAGUCCUCCCUGCCCAGCUGUGUCUUCAUUUGUAAAAUGGGGGUGAUGCCUUCUUAGUAGUCUCGCCCCUUCCUACCUCACAGACAUAUUGUGAGGAUUAAUGAAAUUGUGUCAACAGUGUUUUCAUUUUCCGGAGAGAAGCUAUUUAUGGACAUUUCAAGUAUUAUAUAGAUAAAUAAGUGAUCUCAGUUUCUUAUGUGCUGUUAUACUGGCGUGCCAUUUUUACUUAUUCUAUAAUGCUCCAGUUAAUGUCAUGGCCACAUCAGAUGGCCAUCAGAGCUCUGAACUCCCCCCCCCCACCCCCAUGCAUCUGCAUGAUGCAGGGUCACCUGGUCCUAGGACCACAAAGAAUGGUCUCCCCUCUGACUGUAAAGAUGGCCCAGGACACAGGUCUCACAGGCGUGCAUGGGGAUCCAGGUUAGGAUGACCAUGGAUGCCUGAGCACUAAAGGCAGAAGACCUAUGGCUUGCACACCCCGAGGAGUAAACCGUUGUCUAAUAUGAUCUGUUUGCCCUUCAUCUUGCUUGCAAGGGUGCAUGGUUCAAUCCUGGGCAUCUUGAAAACUUGCAAAUGGUCCAGAUGCUAAUUUGCACGUCGAUUCUCCUUUGCCUUUGACCUUCUUUUGAAGGCAAAUGGAUGUUCCAUUUCAACUCCAAUCCUGGAAAGGUUAGCUGAUAUUCGCUCUUUGCCACAUUUCUCUCUUGGACUAAGUUAGCUGACACCAUUGAAAGCGGAGAAGGUGUGCAACAUCUUUGAUAUCUGAUGACAUCAUAUCUACAUUUGUUGUAAGAUCUAUUGCAUACCAAUUAUAAUUCUACCAAUUAAAGUGGUUAAAAGCUUGUGUCUAGCUGUGGUGAUUUACAUUUUGAGAUAUUUUGCUCUCCAGACCACUGGGUUCAUUUUUA